GACGCGACGGCCACAACACCGGAGAAAAUAAUCGGGAACAAUUCCGGAUUCCCCCAUCCGGGAAGAGAGAAAUAUCCCCAAACCCUCGGGCCCCUCGCCCCGCCGCCGCCGGCCGCCCAGAUCUCCGGCCAUGGACGAGGACGGCGCGGCCUCCCCGUCGCCCUCGCCCUCCCCGUCGCGCUCCCCGUCGCCGCUUCCGGUCGCCGGCCCCGUCACGGUGGCCGCCGCGCCGCCCGGCCACGUCGCCGUCGCCAUCCCGCUCUGCAGGCCCUCGCCCUCCUCCGGCGGCGGGCGGGAGGACGCCUGGAGCGACGGCGCCACCUCCACGCUGAUCGACGCCUGGGGGGAGCGCUUCGUGGCGCUGGGCCGGGGCAGCCUCCGCCACCCGCAGUGGCAGGAGGUCGCCGAGGUCGUCUCCUCCCGCGACGGCUACUCCAAGGGGCCCAGGUCCGACAUCCAGUGCAAGAACCGCAUCGACACGCUCAAGAAGAAGUACAAGGUCGAGAAGGCCAAGCGCGCCUCCUCCUGGCCCUACUUCGACCGCCUCGACGAGCUGCUCGCCCCCGUGUACAAGCCCAAUUCCUCCUCCUCCUCGGCGGCCCGGAGCGCGCCGCUGCCCAUGGUGCCGCCGCGCAUCAACUUCCCGCAGCGCACCCGGACGCCGCUGCAGCCCCCGGCGGGCGCCAAGCGGAGGAUGCCGUCGCCGCCGCCCCAGGCGUCCGCGUCGUCCGACUCCUCCGACGGGUUCCCGCCGGAGCCGCUCUCCGCGUUGGCCAACGGGAAGAGGCAGCGCCUAGAGGAGCCCACCCCGGCCGCCGCCGCCGCGAACGGCGCGGAGAGCAGCAGCAGCCGCCGCGUGCAGGGCCUGCGCGACCUGGCGCAGGCGAUCCGGCGGCUCGGGGAGGUGUACCAGCGCGUCGAGAGCGCCAAGAGGGAGCAGGAGCUCCGGAUGGAGCAGGAGCGAUUGGAGGCCGCGCGGGAGCUGGAGGAGCAGCGGGUGGAGUUCUUCCUAAAGAUGCAGAUGGAGCUCUCCAAGGCCACCGGCUCCGGCAGUGCCGCGCCCGUGGCCAUCCCCAUCCCUGCUCCCGCGCCCGUGGCCACCCGGAGAACGGGCAUGACCGCGGAGGUCGCCACCAGCAGCAAUCACCGAGUCCGGUACCGCAUCAAAGGUAGCAUGCACCACCAAGCUGCGCAGCAGCCACAUUACCAGAACAAUGCCGCCUCAGGUGGCAACGGCAGUGACUCAGACAACAAGGAAGCCGAGGAAGAUGCCGAAGACGAAGAGGAAGAGAGCCAGUAAUGGCUGGCUCUCCUCUCCGAUCCUCUCUAGCAACGGUAAUUCAACUCUACAGGGGUCUCUGCCCACAUGGAAGCGGGGCAGAGAUUAACAAUUUGCGUUAGCAAAUGUUAUUGCUCUAGUAGAAAGCUCGACCCAUGUAGGCUGGUCUGGAGCCAAGAAACUGGGUGGUAGUGGUGGUGCUAGCAACAAGCACCUGAUAGUGGGGUGAGUCAGUGAGUGUGUAACUUGUACCUGCCUGUUUGUGCUCGCGAUUGUCAUCUGUUGUCAAGAAAUUACCAUGUCAUUGAAUGUAACAUGUUUAUUUGUGUUGCAAGAAUAGCUGUACCUGUGUUUAUUCUUUGGAAUGGAUAUUGGUGUCAUGGGGAGGAUA